AACAACUAGAAAUAACUAUAUUGUGAAACACGUAUCAUACACACAAUAGUGAGAAAAUCUGAUAUGCUGCUCAGAAUUUGACCUACUGAGUUCUCCUGUAAAAGUGUUGUGUUGUUCCGCAACAUAACACUUGUGUGUCAGCAAGGAAAAUGUAAUUGAAAUAUUGCACAAGGAUAAAACGUAUUACGUGUCUUGUAAUGCAAGACCGAACAACAAUGAAACUCUAUGCCUGGGUACAUCCUUUGCUAGAAGUUUAAACAUCAAUGAAGGUGACGAAGUCUUUGUGUCUUCGAUAAAAGAUGUGCCAUUCUUAACAAAAAUCAACGUCGCACCUCGCACCGCGAACGACAGAGAGAUUCUGGAAUUACAAAUGGAAAAGGUGCAAUCCACGCUGCUUAAUCAAAUUCGCGUGGUGGCCAAAGAGCAACCAAUUAUUGCGUGGGUGUCGAAAUUUUCUUCCGUAACAUUAAUCGUAGAAUCUUUAGAGCCAAAUUAUAAGUGUGGAAAACUGGAACAAUUCUCAGAGAUCCACGUGGGUGACACAGUGGCAAACGCUAAAUCAGAAUCUUCAAGUGAGCCGAGCAAACAAAAUAGCGUCACGAAUAAUCUGCUCACUGGUUUCAGAAGAUUGUUACCAUUUUCUAGCGAGCGAGUCACGUCCAAAUCGCAAGAGAAUGAAACGGAAAGAAAUCGAAAACUUUUGCAAAGCUUUCGCAACAGAAAGAAACUUAUGGUGUACCGAGUUCACCCUAUGCCAAAGUUGAACCCUACAAAAAAUAAUCCUUUCAAUGUAACUGCUGAUUGUCCCUAUCACGUGUUCGUCCCAAGGAACCAGGCGCCAAAAUUUUCAGGCAAUUUUGCAAUUUGUCGCGUGAAGAAGAUCGCAGAGGACAAACAGUAUGCGAAUGUGACCAACACUAAUUUUCUCACCAAGCUGGACUCUCCUGUCCCGCAAUUGUCCACCGAAUUAACAGUGAGACUAUUCAUCCUGGAGGACCUAUUCGAUGGAUCACAUAACAAGGAUCAUUUUAACGUUAAUUUCCUCCAUACGAGCGUUUAUGUCUCGGAUAGUUUGAGGAUCGGUUUGAAUCUUAAAACAGGGUCAAAGAUAAGCUUGUACCUGGUGGAAGAGUCCCAGAACACUGUACCCUCUUCCAUCGAGCUGUACUCCUGGAGGAACUCAGUGUCCAUAGACAAUUUUCGGAAUUACGUUGAGACACACUCGAAUCCUGAGAAAUUGUUCAUCAAUUCUUGCGCUGUUCUCCUUGUGGAUGGUAAUUGUUGCGUUUUAAAAAUUACACCGGAGGAUUGCACGUAUGCUGCAAUCGAUGCGACUGAUUUGAAGAAAAUGAAAGUUCACACGAGAACUGUGAACGAGGAGAGUCAUUUAAGGAUACCUUCAGGGUUGGAUCAAGAACAUUCUAGUCUGGAGAAAGUUUUCACACGAUAUUUAAGGAACGUUUUGACGGAGUGUCAACUCACUUUGGAUCUCAGUCUCGGUCUACGGUCGCAAUUGGGCUUCGAAUAUGAUCGAGAAAAUAUUUUAAUUUCCGGGGUAGUUGGUUCCGGUAAAACUACCGUCUGCAAAGUACUUAUGGAAUAUCUGGAAAGUCCACCGUAUUUUGUGCAUACUCAUAUGAUUGAUUGCAGAUCGUUAAAAGGGAAAAAGGCUGAAAUGUUGCAGAAAAUUUUAACAGUUGCACUCAACGAGUGUGUCUAUUAUCAACCUUCUGUAUUAUUUCUGGACGAUAUAGAAUCCAUCACAGUUGCAUCAGCAAAUGCCGAAGAGAAUACUCCGGACGCUAUGAAUGCUGCGAGAAUCACGGAUAUGCUAAUUAACACGGUGACACAGUAUCAGGAAACAUAUUACGUGUCGGUUAUUGCUACCUGUGCAGGUAUCAAUAGGAUAGGUCAGAAACUAAGGCCAGCAAGAGGGUGUCAUUUCUUCAGAACUAUUUUGUCCCUUCCGAAUCUCGAAAAGACGGAUAGAAUCGAUAUUUUGCAAUUAAUGCUCCGGGACAAGUGGUACGUGCCAGGAGAAGACGUGAAUUGGGAUUACUAUGGAAACAAGACCGAGGGAUGGAUGGUUCAGGAUCUCGUGGAUCUUGCUAAGAAAGCCACGUAUGUUGCUUGGGUUCGUCACGGUGAAAAAGAAGGCUCCAAGCCUCCUGUCGUUAUCGCAGAAGAAGACAUGUCGAAUGCGUUGAAGAAUUCCACACCGAUGUCAUUGCGGGGCAUACAACUGUACAAAGGAGCGGGUCACCUUUGGUCGGACAUUGGUGGUCUGGCUGAGGUGAAGAAGUCCCUCGUGGAGAUUCUCCAGUGGCCGUUGAAAUAUCCUGAAGUGUUCAAGAACGCUCCGAUUAAACUCCAAAAUGGUGUUUUAUUGUACGGUAUGCCUGGUACCGGAAAGACUAUGCUAGCCAAAGCGAUCGCCAACGAGUGUGGCGUGAAUUUAAUUAGCGUCAAGGGUCCAGAAUUAUUAUCAAAAUACAUAGGUGCCAGCGAGGAGUCUGUUAGGAACAUGUUCGAAAGGGCUCUUCGUGCAAAACCGUGUGUCUUGUUCUUUGACGAAUUCGAUAGUCUUGCGCCCAGACGAGGACACGAUAGUACCGGUGUAACAGAUAGAGUAGUGAAUCAAUUGUUAACGCAAAUGGAUGGAGUGGAGGAUAGAGAAGGUGUUGCGAUCGUGGCUGCUUCUUCGAGACCGGAUUUAUUGGAUCCAGCUUUGCUGAGGCCUGGACGUCUUGACAAAGCAUUGUAUUGUCCAUUACCAGAUGAGGCAGAUAGAGAGGAGAUUUUAGCAGCACUCUGCAAGGCCCAGAACAUAGACACGGUGGAAUUGGAUUUGAAAGAACUGGCUAUACUUAGUUCACAGUUCACUGGCGCGGAUUUGAACGCUGUAAUCACGCAGGCUAAAUUAUCAGCUUUCGAAGAGGCUGCUGAGAAUCUCACUGAUGGAAAGAUCACGGUGACAGAUUUUAAAGUCACUCAACGACAUCUGAUAGAUUCCAUCGGGUCCACUCAUCCAUCUUUGUCCGGCCCUGAAAAAGAAAAAUAUACAAGAAUUUAUACCAGAUUCACGGGGAACGAUAAUUUUAUGGAGGACCUGGUGAAGAAUCAGAAAGCUACUUUGGCAUAAGCCUGAAUGAAUUCAUGUAAAUCUAAGGGAUCAACUUUUUACCUAUCUAUUUUCGUAAAAGAAUAGAAUAUUCAGAAAGAUAUAAUA